AUGGCAUGUGCGCAGACCCCGGGUGCCCAACCAGCCCUGCCCCCACUCCCACCCCCCGCCCAACACACUCCACCGGGCGCCUCCCUGGCAGUCAUGCUGGACGUCCUCCUCGGCGGCGCAGCUAUCGCCGUGCCGCAGUACCAGAAUCCGCUGCUCGCGGCGUCCCUCCUGCUGAAGGCGAUCGGCGCCAUCCGGCGCCGGCGCGCCCCUGGCGUGGCCGACGGCGACGGGCGGGCCGAUGGGAUUGCGCCGGGGAGAGUGGAUCUGGACUGGGCGGAGCUGAGGCUGACGCUGACGCUGAAGGACGGGUCGCUGAAGAAGAUCUUGGAUGGCGUGAGCGGGUCGGCGAGGGCGGGGCGCCUGCUGGCCAUCAUGGGGCCGUCGGGGUCGGGCAAGACGUCGCUGCUGAACGCGCUGGCGCGACAGGUGCCCAAGACCAAGGGCAUGAAGUUCACUGGCAGGCUGACUGUCAAUGGCAGCGCUGCAGGGCUGGACGGGCUGCCACAGGCGUAUGUGCAGCAGGAUGAUCUCUUUUUCUCACAGCUGACUGUGAGGGAGAUCCUGACGAUGGCGGCUCACCUGCGGCUGCCGCCAUCCAUGGCUGAUGCGGCCAAGGAUGAGUAUGUGGAGAGGCUGAUCGCCAAGCUGGGGCUGUCGAACAGCACAGACACUCGGGUGGGCGAUGCCAAGACAAGGGGCAUCAGCAAUGGCGAAAAAAAGCGGCUUAGCAUCGGCUGUGAGCUCAUUCACUCCCCCUCCCUCAUCUUUGUGGACGAGCCCACCACAGGACUUGACUCAUUCCAGGCAGAGAAGGUCAUGGAAACCCUGAAGGACCUCGUCAGGGAUGGCCACACUGUCAUCUGCUCCAUCCACCAGCCCCGCAGUAGCAUCUUUGCGAUGUUCGAUGACCUGAUCCUCCUGUGCGAGGGGCGGACAGUGUACUCGGGCCCGGCGGAGAAAGCGAUCGACCACUUCGCUACCAUGGGGCUUCAAUGCCCUGCGCACUACAACCCUGCCGAGUUCCUGGCUGACCAGAUCUCGCUGGACACAUCCUCCGAUGAAUCCAGGGAGAAAAGCCAGGAGCGGAUCAACAAACUGGUGGCAGCAUGGAGGGAGAAGGGUGUCAAUAGCAACAAUGGUAAGCAGAUAGCUGCACCAGCAACUGCCCCCGCCACUGUGGAGAAUGGCGUGAAAGCGGUGGUCAGCAAUGGGGUCACACAGGCCACCUGGUUACGCCAGUUCCGACUGCUGUUCCGUCGCUCCUGGAGGCAGGCAGUGCGGGACAAGGCCACAAAUGCCACCAGGGCGAUGAUCAACAUCAACUCAGCCAUCGUCUUUGGCUUCAUCUACUUCAGGCUGAAGGCAACGUCCGCAACGGUGCAGGAUCGCCUGGGCCUGCUCCAGGUCUCUGCUGUCAACACCGCCAUGUCCUCCCUCAUGAAGACCAUCUCCGUCUUCCCCUCGGAAAAGACGGUGGUCGCCCGGGAGCGUGCCAAGCGUAGCUAUGGUGUGCUGCCCUACUUCCUCGGCAAGCUCAUCGCCGAGCUGCCCAUCACUGCAGCCUUCCCAGUGCUCUUCUCAGCUGUCCUGUACCCCAUGACAGGCCUCAACCCCUCGCCCCAACGGGUCGCUCGCUUCUUUGGAAUCGUGCUUCUCGAAUCCUUCGCGUCCUCUGCGUUUGGGCUAACGAUCGGGAGCAUAGCCCCCACCAAGGACGCGGCGCUUGCCAUGGGACCCGCUAUGAUGCUCAUCUUCAUCGUUUUUGGAGGCUAUUAUGUCAAUGCAGAGAACGUCUCAGCACUGCUGAAGUGGAUCCCCAAGGCCUCCCUCAUACAGUGGGGCUUCCAGGGCAUGUGCGUCAACGAGUUCAAGGGCGCACCUUUCGAGGAGCAGCCUGGCGCGAAGGUGAGGCGGGGGGCGAUGAAGGACGGGGACGAGGUGCUGCAGUGGCUAUCUUACGACACCAUGCCCAUCAGCAGGGCCGUGGUUGCCAACGCCCGGAUCAUGUUGUUCCAUUACUGGCUCACAUACAACAUUCUGAAGGCGAGGAAGCCUCAAUUUGAGAAGAUGGAGCCGCCGCCAGAGAGCUGA